AUGGAAGCCGUGCAUGAAGACGGCGGAGAAGGCGGCAUGCAGUGCGCCCGCCAUCCAUUCCGCAACAGCAGCCCCUCGGGCGGCAUCUGCGCCUCCUGCCUCCAAGAAAAGCUCGGAAAACUCGUCUCCUCCUCCUACGCCGUCGCCGUCUUCCCCUCCUCCUCCGCCGCCUCCUCCCCUUCCUCCAGAUCUGCCGCCGCCGCCUCCUCCGGCAGCAGCCACCACCACCCUCGGAAGCUGCCCUUCGCCUCGAAUAAGAAGAGCAAGGAGCAGAGGCCCUCGGAGAUGGUGUUCAAGCGGAGCAAGUCCACCGCCACUCCCAGGAGAGGAGGAGGUGGAGGAGGCCUCCAUUUCUUCGACCAAGACUACAAGACUCCCACCAAGAGAAGGUUCUGGAAGUUUCUCCACUAUUCCAAAUAUCCCACUUCAAGAAAAGGCGACAAACAUGUUAAAAACCUAAACUUUUCAUCUCCCACCACUGAGGGGGGAGAGAGAAAAAGAGAUGAAUUCGUAGCUGUAGACGACAAUGAGGCCACAUUUGAUAGAAAAGUUUCGAGAUCCAGAUCUGUGGGGUGUGGGAGUAGGAGCUUCUCAGGUGAUUUCUUUGAGAGGAUUUCGACAGGCUUUGGUGAUUGUACCUUGCGAAGAGUUGAGUCACAGAGGGAAGGGAAGCCGAAGAUGAAGCAAUCUGACUGCACUAGGCAGAGGGUCAGAUGUGGUGGGAUAUUUGGGGGAUUUGGGUUGACUUCAUCUUCUUCCUCUUCACAUCUGAUUGCAGCUUCAGACAGAGGUGGGAAAUCAAUGGUGGGAUUGGGACAUCUCUCUCAUGGGAGGAGCAAGAGUUGGGGUUGGGCUUUGGCAAGUCCAAUGAGGGCAUUUGGGAAGAGUUCUGCUGUGAAAAAGGGUGAUGUUUCAGCCAAGAAUUCAGCCCCCAACUUGGCUGCUAUUCCCUCUCUCUUGGCUGUGGGUGGCUGA